UUUCUUAAAUUUGAAAGGUAAAAUAUGCUUUAUUUGAUCGGUUUAGGAUUGGGUGAUGUUAAAGAUAUAACGGUCAAGGGUUUGGAAAUGGUAAAAAAAUGCAGUCGAGUGUAUUUAGAAAUGUAUACUUCAAUUUUAGGUGUUGAGAAAGAAAUACUCGAAGAGUUUUAUGGUCGAGAAUUACUCUUGGCAGAUCGAGAAUUGGUCGAGAGUGCUGCAGAUGAGAUUUUAGAAGAUGCAGAUGAAAAUGAUGUGGCUUUUUUAGUUGUUGGUGAUCCAUUUGGCGCCACAACUCACUCAGACUUAGUCUUGAGAGCUCAAGAAAAGAACAUUAAAGUUCAAGUGGUGCACAAUGCUUCCAUAAUAAACGCUGUUGGCUGUUGUGGUUUACAAUUGUACUCCUACGGAGAGGUAGUUUCCAUACCUUUUUGGACAGACACUUGGCAACCAGACAGCUUUUAUGAUAAAAUCCUAGAAAAUUAUCAAAGAGGCCUGCAUACUCUUUGCCUGUUGGAUAUCAAAGUGAAAGAACCCACUCCAGAAAGCAUUUUGAAGAAAAAAAAAGAAUACAUGCCACCCAAGUUUAUGUCAGUAGCAGAAGCAUCAAACAUACUCUUACGGAUUAUAAAAAAUAAGAAUGAAACAAACUUGGGUCUGACAACUUCGAGUCUUGCUGUGGGACUGGCAAGAGUUGGAUCAGAUAGUCAAAAAAUUGUUACAUGUACCCUUUCAAAAAUGAGCAUAGAAGAUCUUGGUUCACCACUGCACUGUCUUGUGAUACCUGGAAAAGUGUUGCAUCCCUUGGAAAAGGAGUAUCUUCUACAAUUCGCCAAAGAUGAAGAAAUAACGAACAUGUUGUCACCUUGUUGA